CGCCGGCAGUGACGCAGAAAUGGCGUGCUCUUCCACCCGGCUCAGUACACGCUUGUUAGCAACUUGUGGCCGUAUUAGCAGCCGUUUCCUUGUUGUUUCCAGCGGACAUGGAGGAGUUCAUCAGGCGACCGUCCGGCAGGCUCACCGGGGAGGGACAACGGCCAGCCUGGGCUCCUGGAGCCGCAGAAAUGUGGUGACAUUGACAGGACUCCCAGGUCUGCGAUGCCCGCAUGAAAUUACCUGCCGCUCUUUCCACUCCAGCUGCAGAGCGGCAAACAAACAGAACCUGUAUGAAAUUUUAGGUGUCUCCCGCAAUGCCUCACAGAAGGAAAUCAAGAAGGCUUACUAUCAGCUGGCAAAGGAAUAUCAUCCAGAUGCCAACCCAGAUGACCCAGAGGCAAAAGAAAAGUUUACCAAACUGGCUGAAGCCUACGAGGUGCUGAGUGAUGAGGUGAGAAGAAAAGAGUAUGACACGUAUGGAGCUGCAGGUUUUGACCCGAGCCGUGCCGGGGCGGGCCAGCAGUACUACAGGGCAGGUGGGGGUGCCAUCGACCCUGAGGAGCUUUUCAGGAAGAUCUUUGGAGAGUUUGCAGGAGACUUUAGGAACAUCAACAACAUGUUUGAGCAACGACCUGAGUAUGUGAUGGAGCUGACGUUUUCCGAGGCAGCCAAAGGUGCAAAUAAGCAGCUGAGAGUGAACAUUGAUGACGUCUGCCCGAGAUGUGAUGGAAAGGGCAACGAGCCGGGCACCAAAGUGUCUCACUGUCACUACUGCAACGGCACAGGAAUGGAGUCCAUCAACACGGGCCCUUUUAUGAUGCGCUCCUUGUGUCGGCGAUGUGGUGGGAAAGGAUCCAUCAUAAACUGUCACUGCGUUAUUUGUCGAGGAUCGGGCAAGACCAAGAAUGAAAAGACGGUCACUGUGCCCGUGCCUACUGGUGUAGAAAACGGUCAGACGGUACGGAUGCCAGUAGGAAGUAAAGAAAUCCUUAUAACUUUUAGGGUCCAGUCGAGCCCGGUGUUUAAACGUACUGGAGCAGACAUCCACUCUGAUGCUUUCAUCUCUGUAGCUCAGGCCAUCCUCGGAGGCACAGCCACAACGCAGGGCCUCUAUGAAACCAUCAGUAUUGCGAUCCCUGCUGGCUGUCAAGCUGACCAGGUGAUCCGGUUACAGGGGAAAGGUAUUCGGAGGAUGAACACCUUCAGUUAUGGGGAUCAUUAUGUUCACAUCAAGAUUAAAGUGCCAACGAAGUUGUCUCGAAGGCAGCGCUCUUCGUUGCUGAGUUAUGCAGAAGAGGAAACGGAUGUCCAGGGUACCGUCAACGGUGUCAGUCCUUCAGCAGCAGGGGGCAGCACCACAUCAGACUCUGGUGGAAAGACCGGGUCAAAGGAGGAGAAAGAAGAGGAGGAAGGCUUCUUUUCCAAACUAAAGAAAAUGUUUAGCUAACACUCAGCUGCAGAUUAGAACUUAAAAUGUGAUAAAGAAAGAAAAUCAGUCAAGUCUGGAAGUCCCUGCCUCCUGCUUGGGAACUGAGCGGAGCAAAAGAACAGACUCUGGUGUUUGUCGUCAUAAACGCAGCCGCACUGCGUUGAAGCAAAAGCUGAACAGGCAGGUUUAUUCUCACCCACUGGUCUAUGGCUGCUCAAGAAGAAAAGAUGCUCAUCAUGGCUGCUCUCUGAAGCAGAGAUGUGUUAUUUUUUACACAGCACCCUUUAUAGGUUGCACUUUUCUUCUAAUGCUCUAAAGACGUUAAUUUUUUUAAUUUAUAUCCCAAA